UUUAUAAUGCAGGUUAACAUCAAGAAUAAACAUGUUGAAAGAUUAUUUUAUAAAACAUCAUGCGGAAGAUUUACAACAAAUACUUGAUGCUCCUGAUGAAUUUCUACAUUAUUCUAUUAUUGUUGAUUGUUUUACUCUGAGUGUAGAAGAUCCAGAAACAUGUGAUAAAAUUUUACAUAGGCCACGUUAUUAUUUACAUCAAUGUGAUAAGUCAGCUGUUAAAGCUCAAGAAGAAUUAAUAAACAAUGAUAAACAAACUGUCAAGAAAAAAGUUCAUACUAGAAUUGAUGGUGCUCCUUUGUUUAUAAAGAAUGAAGAGAUUGGUGCAUUGGUAUCAAGAACUGGAAUCACUGUUAGAAUAUCACAACCAACUGUUAUGAAAUUAAUUAAACGAUUUUCCUGUAAAAAAUGUGAUCAUAUAACAGAAGUUAAACUUGAUUGGGAAAGACAAAAAUUUGAAGAUGUCAAACAAUGUGGAGCAUGUGAAUCUAAAAGUGUGACGCUUAUUCCAAGUCUCCAAGAAGAUGACUGUGCUGAUUAUCAAGAGGUAAAAAUACAGGAAAGAAAAAAGCCUAAAAAUUCAAGCUCUUAUUCUGUUGGCAUUCAGGCGAUAUUACUUGAUGAUUUAGUAAAUAAAAUAAUGCCAGGUGAUGAUGUGCAAAUAAGUGGAGUAAUAAUUCGAAGAUGGGGAAAUCCACAAUUAACAGAAAGCCAACGUACCGAUGCAACUACAGUUAUGAUUGCUAAUAAUGUAGCAGUUUUAAGAAAAGUCCUUGAUUCAAGUUAUCCUGAAAAAGAAAUAAAGGAAAUUUUUGAAAACUAUUGGAAAAAAUAUCAAGAUAAUCCUCUAGUUGGGAGGAAUAAUUUAUUAGCUUCAAUUUGUCCACAGCUCUUUGGGAUGUACACUGUAAAAUUAGCUCUAGCUAUUGUUUUAGCUGGUGGUGUACCAAAAGUAAAUCAAACUGGAGUAAGAGUUCGUGGUGAUCCUCAUUUAUUAAUGAUUGGAGAUCCUGGUACAGGAAAAUCACAAAUACUUCGUACAGUAGCUAAAUUGGCAUCAAGAGCUGUUGUAACGACUGGAAUUGGUACAACAGCUGCUGGUUUAACCGCUGCAGCAGUCAGAGAUUCUGAUGGAUGGCAUUUAGAGGCAGGAGCUUUGGUUUUAGCAGAUGGUGGUGUCUGUUGUGUAGAUGAAUUCACAACAAUGAGUUCAAACGAUCGAGCAUCUCUUCAUGAAGCAAUGGAACAACAAACAAUAUCUAUAGCUAAAGCUGGUCUAGUUAGUACACUGAAUUCUCGGUGUUCAGUUAUAGCAGCUAUAAAUCCUGUUGGUGGGCGAAUUGUUCCAGGAGAAGAAGUAAAAACUCGACUUGGAAAUCCACUUUUAUCACGAUUUGAUUUAAUUCUUUAUCUAAAAGAUAACAAAAAUAGCAGUUGGGAUCAAAUGACUGUAGAUCAUAUAUUAAGAAUUGCUUACGAAGAUGAUGAAGAACAAAAUAAAAUAAGCCUGAAACAAAUGGAAAUUUUGAAAUCAGAAGGUUUAUGGAAUGUGGAAAGUCUCCGAGAGUAUUUUUCUCACAUUCAUACAUUAAAUCCUGAGUUAACUGAAGAUGCUGAAAAAAUUCUAACUGCAGUAUUUUUAUAUCACAGAAGUAAUCCAUACAGAAAAGAAGAAAGAACUACUGUCAGAUUGCUGGAUAGUCUAAUAAGGUUAGCAGAGGGUCAUGCUAGAUUAAUGUAUAAAACACAAGUUGAUGUGAUGGACGCCAUUAUUGCAGCUCAAUUAAUAGGUACAGUACCAAUGCCUGAAGAUAUUGGUUGUCCUUUUCCAGAUGAUCCCGCUGCUGCAUUUGAACAUGAAAAAAUGAAAGUAUUAGAAGAGUUACAAAUAGAUGAUUUGGAAUCAGAAUCUUAAAAAUAUUUUUCAAAAAUUGUUAUAUAAUUAUUUUUAUAAAAAAUAUCAAUAAAAAAGGUUUAUAUUUUAU